AUGACUCUGCCUCACAGGACGUGGAACUUCGACAUUGAUCGAUUCCUUAAUCCGUUCGUGCCGUCGCCGCCAUGGCGUUUCCUGCCUUACCCCGUGGCAAGAUGGUUCGGAUACCGUAAGGCGAAGCCGAAGGAUGCCGGUAACCUGAUGCCCGUUUUCUGGGCCUUCAUUGGCGUAUUUGCGGCUAUUCUCACGAUACAAGCCGUGUCGAAGCGAGUGCCGUCAUUCCAGGCGCGAGGAGCCCCCAUCAUUGUGGGCAGUUUUGGCGCGGCUGCGGUUCUGGAGUUUUACGCCAUCGAAUCGCCCCUUGCCCAACCUCGAAACGCCAUCAUAGGUCAACUCAUCUCGGCAUUCGUUGGAGUUGCCAUCGGUAAGCUUUUUCAGCUGAGUGAUAGCUUCAAGGACAUCCAAUGGGUUGGAGGAGCUCUUGCUUGCGCCUGCGCAACUUCUCUGAUGGCUUUGACCAAGACUGUGCACCCACCUGCGGGCGCCACGGCGCUGCUUGCCGUUGUUGACGAUACCUUGAUUCACAUCGGAUGGUUCAUGCUCCCGGUUAUGCUGCUGGGAUGUGCGCUUAUGCUUGGUGUGGCGCUGCUGGUCAAUAACCUGGAAAGACGUUUCCCGAUGUACUGGUGGACACCCGAAGACCUUAGUAAAGGAAGAAAAUCCAUAUUACGUAGACGACACUCAGCCGAAUUAAAGAAAGACGACAUGGACGAAGAAAAAACAGUAGACAGCCCUACAGCGCCGGCACCGGCAGUCACUUCCAAAAAGUCGACUAUUGAUGGUAGCGAGAAUGACGCCGAGUCUAGCGACAGAGAUCAGACCGGAGGCAUGUGUGUGAAGUUCACUCACGCUCAUCAACAUGCCGGGGAAGUUGUCAUCAGAAAGGGAGAAGUGGUUAUUCCGGAGCACAUGUUUCUUACUCAGGAAGAACAGCAGUUUCUAGAGACUCUCACAUAUCGACUGUAA